ACCCCAACUGAGAAAGGCGGUGGCAGGCAUCAUGGAUCAGGUAAUACAGUUCGUUGAGCGAAGCCGGCAGUUUGUGAAGGACUCCAUUCGGCUGGUUAAAAGAUGCACUAAACCUGAUCGAAAAGAAUUCCAGAAGAUUGCCAUGGCAACAGCAAUAGGAUUUGCUAUAAUGGGAUUCAUUGGCUUUUUUGUGAAAUUGAUCCAUAUCCCUAUUAAUAACAUCAUUGUUGGAGGCUGAAUACCUUUUUAAAAGAGUCUUUCAUCUUGGGGAUUAGUGAAUAAUUGAUACGGGAAGCUCAUGAAGUAAAAAUGUGCCUAAUAUGUUUCGUGUUUUUCUUUGAUGUUUUUUUUUUGUCUUCCAAGAUGUUUUGUAUUUGUAAAUUAAAAUAAUUUCAAAAUAAA